AAUAAUAAUAAUAAUAAUAAAAGUAGGAGGAGAACGUGUGGGCCCAGAAACGGUCUCUUCUUCUUCUAUUCUUCUUCUUCUUCUGUUUUCAGCGCAGCGAGAGGACUUAAUUAAAUUUCUCUCCUUUCUUCCUAAUCCCUCCCUCUUAUGGACUCUAAUUCUCAACCUCCUCCUUCAGCUAGCAAUCCUCCCCCAAAACCUUGGGAACGGGCAGGUUCGUCAUCUGGCCCUGCACCAUUCAAACCCCCAUCACCGGGAAGCACAAGCGACGUGGUUGAGGCUUCAGGAACUGCAAGACCUGGAGAAAUUGUUUCGACUUCCGAUCGGACUAACACCCUUAACAGAAACACUCUUUCUAGGCCUGUUCCUACAAGGCCUUGGGAGCAAAACUCCGGGACUAGCAAUACCUACGGGGGUUAUGGUUCUACCAUGAAUGGCGGAGUUGGAGGAAUGUAUGGGAGCUCAUAUGGUGGAGCAGGAGGAAUGUAUGGCAGCUCAUAUGGUGGAGCUGGAGGAAUGUAUGGAAGCUCAUAUGGUGGAGCUGGAGGAAUGUAUGGCAACAGCAUGUACAGAGGAGGAGGGUAUGGAGGGGGACUUUAUGGAUCUUCUGGAUUAUAUGGGGGUGGGUUGUACAAUGGUGGAAUGGGAGGGCAAAUGGGUGGCUAUGGGAUGGGCAUGGGUGGUCCUUAUGGAGCUGAAGAUCCAAAUAAUCCAUAUGGUGCUUCUCCAUCUCCUCCAGGAUUUUGGAUUUCAGUACUAAGGGUGAUGCAGGGUGUAGUAAACUUUUUCGGCCGCAUAUCAAUACUCAUUGACCAGAAUACACAAGCCUUUCAUUUGUUCAUGACUGCUCUUCUUCAGCUAUUUGAGCGCUCUGGCGUAUUGUAUGGAGAGCUUGCCAGAUUUGUAUUUAGGAUUCUAGGGAUCAAAACAAAGUCAAGGAAGGUUCACCAACUAGGUCCUGAUGGACGUCCACUUCCACUACCUGGACCUGGACACCAAAACCAGUACCAGAACCAGAACCCGAACUACAUCGAGGGACCUAAGGCUUCUGCCCCCGGUGCUUGGGACAAUGUUUGGGGAAAUGAGGCUGGUAACUAAUAAUGAAACCUGCUGAAACGACAGUAUCACUUUGCUUUGCUCCGGGCAGCCUGCUGCAGUUUAGGUCAACAUUAUACGAAGCUCGCCCUGUGUCAAGGCUGUGCAUGAUCAAAUUGAUGAGAGUGUCAUGUGGAGAUGUUACGUAAUAUGGGAUAGGUUAUUCUAGAGUUGUUUGUUGGUCAUUGUUAAACAGACCAGUGAAAAUAAAGAAAUAAAAAUAAGAUGGUAGUCGACUAAUAGUAUGAAAAUAAAUGGAAAUUGAUAUUAUUCAGGUUUGA